CAUGCGCCUGAGUGAGCUUGUGUAUGAUGUCUCGGGGAAGAGUAUUAAAUGAGCGUCUGCUCUUGAUUUUAAUAGUAUGUGUUGUUUUUGUACAUUUAUGUGCGUGUCCUUACACCAAAGUUGAGGAAAGCUUUAACUUGCAAGCUAUCCAUGAUCUUUUAUACCACCGAUCUGCUUUCGAAAAGUAUGAUCAUUAUGAGUUCCCCGGUGUUGUUCCACGCACAUUUCUUGGACCUUUGUUCAUAUCUGCACUGAGUGCACCAAUGACAUGUGUGCUCUCCUUCUUUCAAGCACCAAAAUUUUACACUCAGAUCCUUGUGCGGGGAGUUCUUGGAAUAUGUGUAAUCCUGGCUUUGAGGCAGAUGCAAAGUGAGGUCAAGAAGCAGUUUGGGUCUAUGGUGGCCAGUUUGUUCUGCUUUAUCUGCGCCUCACAGUUCCAUCUGAUGUUUUACAGCACCAGAACACUCCCUAAUGUGUUCGCUCUGCCUAUAGUUCUGCUGGCAUUCACAUCCUGGAUGGCUCAAAGGCAUGGCCCAUUCAUCUGGCUCUCCGCUUUGGUCAUUAUUGUUUUCCGCUUUGAACUCUGUCUCCUCCUCGGGCUGAUGUUGUUGAUGUCUCUUCUAAGCCGGAAACUCCAUUUUCUACCGCUACUUUACAAUGCCAUACCUGCUGGCAUUUUAUCUUUGGGUCUCACUGUCAUGGUUGAUACAAUUUUUUGGAAUAAGCUACUCUGGCCUGAGGGUCAGGUACUCUGGUACAACACCAUCUUGAAUAAAAGCUCCAACUGGGGAACCUCACCGUUUCUGUGGUACUUCUACUCCGCACUGCCUCGAGCUCUUGGAGGCACAAUACUGUUUAUCCCGCUUGGCCUAUUGGACAGACGGACAAGAACGCUGUUCAUUCCAGCUGUGGGCUUCAUUCUGCUGUAUUCUCUUCUACCUCACAAGGAGCUACGCUUCAUCAUCUACACCAUUCCUGUGUUUAACAUUAUUGCUGCUCGUGGCUGCACUUUCAUUUUGAACAGUUACCACAAGUCACGAUUAUAUAAAAUUGCCUCCAUAGUGGUGAUAGGACAUUUGCUGUUAAAUGGAGUAUACACAAGUAUUUCUCUGUAUGUUUCCCAUCACAACUAUCCUGGAGGAAAAGCAAUGCAGGAGCUUCAUAGAAUAAUGCCAGCAUCAGCAAAUGUGUCAUUACACAUUGAUGUACUUGCGGCACAAACAGGAGUCUCACGUUUUCUGGAAUUUAAUAGAAACUGGAGGUAUGACAAGAGGGAGGAUUUGACUCUUGAAGAUCCACUUAUAAAAACCUAUUCGCAUCUUUUACUUGAAGCAAAUGCAACCAAGAUAUUGUUGCUCAAAGACUCUCACAAACCUUUGGCCUUUAUUCCAGGAUACCAAAGCCUUACAUUUAAGUUGUCCCAGUUUCCACCUUUACGUAUAAAUCUAAUCAAGACGCUUGUGCUUCUAAGACUCACUCAUUAAAAAAAAAAUUAAUGAAUGUUUGGACUUUAUUAAAUUACAGUAAUGUUCCAUUGCCCAUAAUGUAGAAGACCAAAACAUGGACCAGUAAACAUUAUCCAAACUCUUGUUUCAAAUUUGUGUUACAAGAGGGAAUUUAUGAGUUUCUCUUGUUCCUGUUUGUUGUCAUAGUCACUCAAAAUUGUGCACAGUGUCAAGUACAAAUGGUUUGUCGCCUAUUUAUUGUGGCUUGUCUGUAAAGUUGUGCAAUGAUAUGGUCAUUUGCUUGCCAAAGGGCAUUAAACGUUAUUACUAUGGCUCACAGUGAUGCCAACAGCAAGAAUUCAUUGCAUUUUUUUUUACUUCUAUUUCACACAUAAAUCACAUUCACACUUUUAAGUGUGUCUACAUACCAUACUAAAACAUUUAUUUUACAAUUUUAAAACAAAACAUACUUAGCAGUAAGCAAACCAAGUAUGUCAACGAUAACUGUAUUUCCAUAAAUGUUUUAAUAAAUAGUCCCUCCCCCAUUUUGUCA